CACGCACACUUGUUCAUGAACCACAUGGUAGUUCAUCGCGUCGUGUCCAAUUUCGUCGUGGUACGAUGUGCGAGAAUCUUUUGCUCGUUUACUCAAUCGUUGAACUGUUGUGAAUUGAGGUUUAAAUUAAGAAUGCCGAAACGUCCUUGUCCCUUUGAGGAUAAUUUACUGCCCCAGUUAAAGAUACACGUUGGCCAAAAACAAGUAGACAACGGCGUUUCUCACGAGGAACGAAUGAAAAGUAUUUACGGCAAGACAAUGGACUUAUUGAAGAAAGGUGUAAAAACGUUGUCGCAAAGAUUAAACACCUCUAUGGAAUUAAACCCUGUCGACGUACCACCAUCGAGAAUUUCCUCCUCGUACACGAAAUCCAAACACGAACGUCACUCGAAACAAAUGACACUGAACAGUAAGUUAGAAUUAUUAGCAGCGGACAAAGUUGUAAAGGAUGCCCAACCAAAAUAUGAUCUUUGUGAAUGCAAUCGAGUGAUAGAUCAAAGCAUGUUCAGCAAGUGUUCUUACUGUGAUCAAAUUUUGUGUAAUUCUUGUCUGUUGGAGUGCAUUGGUUGCUCAGAACUAUUCUGCAAAAACUGCUCGCUGCCUGUAUACGAUUAUGAAGAACAAAGCAAAUGCCUUAAUUGUUAUAAAUGAGUUUCAAGUGUUUUAUAUAGUUCUUUUUAUAAGUUAUAUUUAUAUUUAUCUAUAAUAGUUUCUAAUAUUUUAAAUAAAAAAAAAAUUAAUUUC